UACUUGUUUUUCUAGUCAUGUUUACCUUGAGAAACCUGAAAAAUACUGAAUGAACAUUAAAUCAUGUCAUUAUAAUGAAUCAAUUAGCCACAAUGCACGCAUGUCAAAGCCCAGGACAGGGACUACAUUGCUGAACUCAUAAUUCCCAAAUCCCCUACAUACUGUCUUUGUUUUGCAGGCAGAACAACGGCAUCUUAUCACAACUAAUGAAAGUUUGCAAUUGUUGCCGGUAACCUCAUCACGCUAGGGUGUCUGAUUGUGUUUCCACAGUCCGUCUGGUGAUGAAUCUCAACACGUGCUGUGGCUGAAAAUUAUGGAAAUGACAUUGUGUUGUGCUAAGAAUUUAGUUUUACUGUGAAACCUUUAAGAUUUCUCCCAGUCUUGCAAGCCAUAAAAAGAAACGGGCCUGCUGUCUUCGGCAGGGCCUGUGGUAUGUCGAUGGCAGCUGAUAGCAAAAUCACUGCACAGCUGUGACGCUUUGGGGGGGUAUGGGGCCUAAGAGCUGGACAAGCUAUCAGGAAAGCGCUCCAUUUGAGUGACAGUCACUUCUUGUGACUCUGCAGCCCCUACAAGGGCACGUCAAACUUAGGGCUCUGGUGUCCCCCUCGCCAACACCCCCCUGAACGUAGUGAACGUAUCUUCUGGAAGCUUCUGAAUGGAAGCUUCCAGAACCCCUCCCAAGGUAUAAAAAGACCAGCAUGGCGUGGGGGUCUGCGUAGAUUCACUUCAACACACCGAAAGAGACUUACUGCCUACGGGAGGAGAAGAGAAGCACACACUUGGAGCUCGUCAGAAAGAGAGAACAAGUUCAGCGAUACAUUUCAAUACUAUCGUCAGGAGGCAACGAAAAGAACAUUCAAGAUGCCUGCCGCUGGAAACGUCAUGGAGGAAGAAGUGGAGACCUUUGCCUUCCAGGCUGAGAUCGCUCAGCUGAUGUCCCUGAUCAUCAACACCUUCUACUCAAACAAAGAGAUCUUCCUUAGAGAGCUGAUCUCCAAUUCCUCAGAUGCUUUGGACAAAAUCAGAUAUGAGAGUUUGACAGACCCCAGCCGACUUGAGACCUGCAAGGACCUGAAGAUCGAAAUCAAGCCUGACCUGCACGCUCGCACCCUGACCCUGAUUGACACCGGUAUUGGCAUGACCAAGGCCGACCUGAUCAACAAUCUAGGCACAAUCGCCAAGUCGGGCACCAAGGCCUUCAUGGAGGCCCUGCAGGCUGGAGCCGACAUCUCCAUGAUCGGUCAGUUCGGUGUGGGCUUCUACUCGGCCUACCUGGUGGCGGAGAGGGUGACGGUGAUAACCAAGCACAACGAUGACGAGCAGUACAUUUGGGAGUCUGCUGCCGGAGGCUCAUUCACCGUCAAAACGGACCCUGGAGAGUCCAUCGGUAGAGGCACCAGAGUCAUCCUCCACCUCAAAGAAGAUCAGACGGAAUACUGUGAGGAGAAGCGCGUCAAGGAAGUUGUGAAGAAGCACUCACAGUUCAUUGGCUACCCAAUUACACUUUAUGUGGAGAAAACAAGGGAGAAGGAGGUGGACCUUGAAGAGGGAGAGAAGGAGGAGGAAGUUGAGAAGGAUGCCGCUGAGAACAAGGACAAACCUAAGAUUGAGGACGUGGGCUCCGACGAAGAUGAGGACACAAAGGAGGGCAAGAACAAGAGGAAGAAGAAGGUCAAGGAGAAGUACAUUGACGCCCAGGAGCUGAACAAGACCAAGCCAAUCUGGACCCGUAACCCCGAUGACAUCACCAAUGAAGAGUAUGGAGAGUUCUACAAGAGUCUCACCAACGAUUGGGAGGACCACCUUGCUGUCAAGCAUUUCUCAGUGGAGGGUCAGCUGGAGUUCCGUGCUUUGCUGUUUGUACCCAGAAGGGCGUCUUUCGACCUCUUUGAGAACAAGAAGAAGAAGAACAACAUCAAGCUUUACGUGCGCAGAGUCUUCAUCAUGGACAACUGCGACGAGCUCAUUCCAGAGUAUCUCAAUUUCAUCAAGGGCGUGGUGGACUCUGAGGAUCUGCCCCUGAACAUCUCCAGGGAGAUGCUGCAGCAGAGCAAGAUCCUGAAAGUCAUUCGCAAGAACCUGGUCAAGAAGUGCCUCGACCUCUUCACUGAGCUGGCCGAAGACAAGGACAACUACAAAAAGUACUACGAGCAGUUCUCCAAGAACAUCAAGCUUGGCAUCCAUGAAGACUCUCAGAACAGGAAGAAGCUCUCUGAACUGUUGCGCUACUACACCUCAAACUCUGGAGAUGAGACGGUUUCCCUGAAGGACUAUGUCUCCCGCAUGAAGGACAACCAGAAACAUAUCUACUACAUCACAGGUGAGACCAAAGACCAGGUGGCCAACUCCGCGUUUGUGGAGCGCCUCCGCAAAGCCGGCCUCGAGGUCAUCUACAUGAUCGAGCCCAUCGACGAGUACUGCGUCCAGCAGCUGAAGGAGUAUGACGGCAAGAACCUGGUUUCAGUAACCAAAGAAGGCCUGGAGCUGCCUGAGGACGAGGAAAACCUGAAGAAGCAGGAGGAGCUCAAAAAUAAAUUUGAAAAUAUUUGCAAGAUCAUGAAGGACAUCCUUGACAAGAAGAUCGAAAAGGUUACUGUCUCCAACCGCCUGGUCUCUUCCCCCUGCUGCAUCGUCACCAGCACUUACGGCUGGACGGCCAACAUGGAGAGGAUCAUGAAGUCUCAGGCCCUGAGGGACAACUCCACCAUGGGCUACAUGACGGCCAAAAAGCACCUCGAGAUCAACCCUCUGCAUCCAAUCGUUGAGACCUUGAGGGUGAAGGCGGAGGCCGACAAGAACGACAAGGCCGUGAAAGACCUGGUGAUCCUCCUGUUCGAGACGGCCCUGCUGUCCUCGGGAUUCACUCUGGAGGACCCUCAGACACACGCCAACCGCAUCUACAGAAUGAUCAAGCUGGGUCUUGGCAUCGAUGAUGACGACUCUGCAGUUGAUGACCUCAUUCAUCCCGCUGAAGAAGACAUGCCAGUCUUGGAAGGAGAUGAUGACACAUCAAGAAUGGAGGAAGUUGACUAAACUACCGAGAAGACUCUUUGCUGCUUUCUUAUAUAUUAUUUUUAUAAUGAUGUUACUUCUUCAAAUAGACAUGUCACCAUUAAACAACUCCUAUUUCUUAAACAGUCAAUAGAAUUUAUCUAAUAUAAUUAAUGUAGGUCACAGUGUGGCUUUGUCUGUCGGGCUGCUUAUACUCAACUGCUGACAGCCAUUAAGGGAGUAAUGUAAAGUCACUGAGGAUUUGGCUGAUGUCUCUUUUUGUAAUAACUACAUUUUUUAUGAAAUGCAUUCAAAUUUGUAAUAAAAUAUUCUUAGAAAAAAGA